AUGUCACCUCUCACGCUGCUCGCAGUCAUCGGUGCCUCGUUCCUCUCUCUCGCCACCGCCCAGGAGCCAGGGCCAGAAACAGGGCCAACGUAUACCGUAACCCUGGGUAACGAUGGCGAAUGCCUCGCCGCGGUCAACGCUGCUCGCCAGGCAGUUGGGUUCAGCCAGCUGAUACAAGCAGGAAAAGAAGAUACUGAAAAACGCCUGCCAGAAGGGGUCACUUCUAAAAAGGAAACAGACGAUGAUUGGGCCUGGAAGCCGGUGUGCAAGUCGUUGAUUCCAACCACGGAGAAAAAAUCAGGAGGUGAUACAGGCUCUGCAGAGCAAGCUCAGUUCCAGAGCGGCACAUACGCGUACCACGUUGUUGAUAACCCAGAAGCCGUCGACUGCACAGCAAUCGUAAACAAGUGGAAAGAUGCAUACAGCAACUUUGAUGGAUUGCCUCCAUCUUACAGUACUGCGGAUGAGGCGCUGUAUAAAAAGCAGGAUAACGUCUCGUUCGUUGCCCUGUAUAACCCUUCAGAGAACGCUACUGCAGAUUGCCGUGUCGUUACUUGCACUAAGACAACUCCUGCAGCUACAAGUUUCAGAGCAACAAGAAACACCCAAGAUAAACAGGAAACGGAAACGGGCUACGCUUUGAUCUGCAUGACUGUGCCUGAUGUGCUUCGCAAGGAAGAAGAUAAAGCCCCCUUCACAGAGCCAAUUCAACAAAUACUGAUGACGAUGGCACCUCUCACGCUGCUCUCUCUCGUCGGUGCCUCGUUCCUCGUACUGGCCAUGGGCGAUGAUGUGGAUACAGCAACAGGGCCAACGUAUGCAGUAACCCUGGGAAACGAUGGUGCGUGUCUCGCCGAGAUCAAUGCUGCUCGUCUGGCAGUUGGGCUCAACGAACUUGCACAGGCAGGAAAAGAUUCAGAAACCAAGUUUCCUGAAACAUCUAUACCCUCAAGUGGAUCAUAUGAAGAGUGGGUGUGGAAGCCAGUGUGCGACGCGUUGAUUCCGGAAAAAACAGAAAAAAAAACUUCAAGGGGCGGAGAAAAAGUUGAGUUUCAUAGUGGCACAUACGCAUACCAUCCCGUUGAGAAUCCUGAUGCCAUCGACUGCAACGCCGUUGUAGAUAAGUGGAGAGGCGCUUACAAAAACUUCGAUGGAUUGCCUCCACCUAACAAAAAAGAUGAAGCGUUGUAUCAAGUCCAGGACAAUGUUUCUUUCGUGGCCCUGUAUAACCCAUCAGAGCAGGCAACUGCUGACUGCCGGGUUGUGACGUGCACAAAGACAACGCCUGCAGAGCAAAAUCAACAAAGAACACAAGCGGCGGGGGAAACAGAAAAAGGAUCUGCUUUGCUUUGCAUGACUGUGCCUGAUGUGCUCCCCAUGAACGGGACAAACACCCCUUUCACAGAAGAGCAGUGGGGACAGAUUGUGACAGCCCUCGAAGGCUCUGCCUCAGCUGUUUCGCCCGGUAUUGUGGGUAUUGCAGUAGCAAUCGUUGGCCUCAGCAUGUUGUGA